GCCUCUGGGGGCGUGGCUUCCGGCGCUCCUUGCUCGCAAGUAGCCGCGGCUUAGAGCGCAGGCGGCCGCUGACAGGCGCUUUUCUUCAGACGGCUGCGGCUGGAGCCCAGCGAGGCGGGCGGCCCGCUGCUCUCGUCCCCGUGUCCCGGCCCGCGAAGUUCCAGGGCGCCGGGGCAUGGAAGAGGGGAAGAUGGACGAGAAUGAAUGGGGUUACCACGGAGAAGGCAACAAGAGCCUUGUGGUGGCCCACGCGCAGCGCUGUGUAGUUCUGCGUUUUCUGAAGUUUCCUCCAAAUAAGAAGAAGACCUCAGAAGAGAUACUUCAGCAUCUGCAGAACAUAGUGGACUUUGGCAAAAAUGUCAUGAAAGACUUUUUGGGGGAGAACUAUGUUCAUUGUGGCGAAGUUGUUCAGCUGCCUUUAGAGUUUGUGAAACAACUGUGUUUAAAAAUACAGUGUGAAAGACCAGAGUCUCGUUGUGACAAGGACCUGGACACACUCAGUGGUUAUGCUAUGUGCCUUCCCAAUUUAACCAGACUUCAGACCUACCACUUUGCAGAGCACCGGCCGAUUCUGUGUGUAGAGAUUAAGCCAAAAUGUGGGUUUAUACCUUUCUCGAAUGAUGUUACCCAUGAGCUGAAACACAAGGUGUGCCGAUACUGCAUGCACCAGCACCUCAAGGUAGCAACUGGAAAGUGGAAGAAAAUAAGUAAAUACUGCCCUCUCGACCUCUACUCAGGAAACAAGCAGCGCAUGCACUUUGCCUUGAAGAGUCUGCUGCAGGAGGCGCAGAACAAUCUGAGGAUAUUUAAAAACGGUGAGCUGAUUUAUGGUUGUGGUGAUGCCCGGAGUCCUGUGGCUGACUUGAAGGAGCUUGCACACCACCUGAAGCCCUUCUUCUUCCCUUCCAAUGGCUUGGCCAGUGGGCCUCACUGCACGAGGGCUGUGAUCCGGGAGCUGGUGCAUGUUAUCACCAGGGUGCUGCUGAGCGGCUCAGACAAAGGCCGAGCAGGUGCCCUGAGGCUUGGGCUCCAGGGCCCACGUGUCUGUGAAGCCAGCCCUUUCAGCAGGAGCCUACAUCACCAAGGAAAAAACACCCCAGAGCACUCGGGGUUACCGAAGGGCUGUCUUCUGUACAAAACCCUCCAGGUGCAGAUGUUGGAUCAGCUGGACAUCGAAGGCCUCUACCCUCUGUACAAUCGGGUUGAGCGCUACCUGGAGGAGUUUCCUGAAGAGAGGAAAACAUUACAGAUAGAUGGGCCUUAUGAUGAAGUAUUUUACCAGAAGCUGCUUGAUCUAUCUACUGAGGAUGAUGGGACAGUGGCCUUUGCAUUAAGGAAGGUGCAGCAGUACCGAGUAGCCAUGACCGCCAAGGACUGUUCCAUCAUGAUCGCACUCUCCCCUUAUUUACAGGGCACAAGCUCUGACCAGAGGCCUGUUAUCCCUUCAUCAAGGUCCCGGCUGGCCUUCUCUGUGUCUGUACUGGACCUCGACCUCAAGCCCUAUGAGAGCAUUCCUCACCAGUAUAAACUAGACAGCAAGAUAGUCAACUAUUACUCAAAGACUGUGCAUGCCAAAGACGACACUGUGAGGUCGACUCGGUUCAAGGAACAUGAAGAUUGCACAUUAGUUCUCCACAAGAGGUAAAAAGGUAAAAAGACAAAAGCAGCAUAUGUGACUUCAUGAGGCAUACAACUAGAUGGAAAAAGCAGACAAUGAGUGAAGAAACAUAACUACAGGAUUGUGAUGCGUGCCAAGAACUUCCCAGUCUUUGCAACUGCCCUUCUUCAUCAACCUUGAAGGUGCCAUGGGUCUAGGAUACUGUGCUGGAGGAGCAGUCUCCAUGUCUCAUCUGCAUCAUGAUCAACAGGGUGGGCAUGCUGCUUACAAACUUAGUGAGCUUAUACACAAUGAGCUCUGACUCUGCGCUAAGGGAUGUUUCUCAUGCUUUUCCAUUCUCUUGGGAUUUCGAUUUAUAAAGCAAAACUACCUGAACAUACGGAGAUUUUAAUGUUGCUCUACCUGCUAUUGGCUCAUUUACAUGUAACAAAGUGCUCUAUAGUUCUUUAUCUUGAGUUCAUACGCUUUGGCUCAACUGGAGUUAGCUGCAUUGCAUUUUAAAUAAAUGGACAAGAAGUACAGCUUAGACAUCUUUGUUACAUGAAGAUUUUAGUUGUAGACAUUUGUUUUUAAAUAUUUUUGAACUUCUCUUUGUCUUUAAAAACCUUCCUCUAUUAAUAAUUCAGCUUGGGUCAAUUAAAAGUAAAUAAUAUAUUUAAACAAUACUUCAGUUAGAAUGUAGGGUUAAAUAAACUUGCAGUGACAUAGUAAUUUCCAGAAGCUGAAGCUGACCAAAGAAAUAGAAUAGGGUUGUACAGUUCUUAGCUGUAUUUGGAAACAGCCAGAUGCUGUAUUUGAGGUCUGGGAAGGAUAAGGCCCUGGAGGCCUGGAGGCUUGCAUAACAACCACUGCUUAUGCAGCCCUGGCAAGAAGCAGGAAUGGAAACACAGAGUGUGGGCCAAGACAGUCAAGCUGCAAGUCCCCCCACCCCCUUAAAGAAAGAAUGGCCAAAAGACAGAUUUCAAUUUUUAAAAAGUUAUACUUCAGUUGCAAAUAGGAAACCUAUGUUUUAAACAUCAAGCAUCUUUAAUACAAAUCUUGUUUACAUAUUUGUAACAGGAAGAAGACAUUCCUUAUUCACAAGUACUGAAUACUAAGUAGACAUGUUUUACUGCUCUUUACUAAAAAAGCAAACACACUAAAGAGAAACUAAAGUUGGAGUCUGAGAACAAAACAAAAAGCCUUUAGAACAAGCAGUUACAGUUUGUUAGUUUAGCAGAAUUAGAGCCACUGGGAAACUGUGCAGACGGAUGGCCUCACUCAAUGCCUCUUCAGAAUGUCCAGUCACUACUGAAAAUUCUCUCAGGGGCAUUUGCAAAUAGACUUGGGUCUUUUUUGUCCCACAGAAUGAGAUAAUAUGUUCUCAUAAAGAGCUUAUAUUAACAUAUGGACAUAUGAAAUCAUUUCCUUAAUUACAGCUCACAGCAAGGAAGGGCAAGUACACCGUGGUCUCCAUUGCACCAGCAGCCUGCACACUCUUAGAGAAAGCAUCCGCCCACUUGUUAGGAAGGUGGAGGGAAGUAGGGGUGAUACAGUGUGGCUUGUGUUUAUCAGAUAAACACAUUAUUGAAAACGUAUUAGUACACCACAGUGAAAAGCUAGUAUAGCCACCCAGACAUGGCAUGCCUGUGUAAUCCUAGCACUUGGGAGGCUGAGACAGGAGGAUGAUUGCAAGACUGGUUUACACUGGUAAAUUCAAAGAGCAGCCAGAGCUGUAUAGUGAGACUCUCAGAAAGCCCCAAAUAAGUCGGAAUACAAACUUGAAAAGCUUCAGAACGUGUAGUUCUUUUUCCCCCUUUUCUUAAGACAGGGUCUCAUUGUGUAGCCAUGGCUGGCCUCUAUCUCAGAGACCCACCACCUUCUGCCUCCUUUAGUGCAUCAUGCCUGGUCACAUGUGGUUGUUUUCCAUUUGCAUUACAAGACGAUUUCAUAAAAGAAAGCAGCUAAGAUAGGCUUUCAAUCUGAGCUAUAUCAUAAAUAGCUGGAAAUAAAAAAAUAGAUCUAUAUGAUACUUCAUCUGAAACUUUUACAAGUAUAAGUAAUCAUUUAUUAGGAUACCUCAUAAAAAGGCAGACAAUAACAAAUGAGGUGAGAAUAUGGAAAAGGUGUUUUAUUUUAUAAAAUCAAUUAGAUAUUUCCUUUGCUCUUUUUAAAGCAUAUUGCAUUCUGAAAUGAUACAUUCUCAUGGUAAGCAGAGUGAAAAUCAUUCCUUUAAAUUUCAUAGAAAGAUAUGCCGUUCAUUUAUUCAUAGCUGCAUAGAGGUCUGCUUUCCACAGGAGCUGCACUGUGGGAAUGUGCUAUUUCCAGUGGAGUGAGUCUUAGCUUCCUGUAUCACUGAAUCUGAGCCCCAACCCUGUGACUUAAUUCCACAUGGGUUACCCUUGGGAUCAUCUAAUUUUUGUUCUCACUUGUCCUGUGCCUCUUUCAGAGAGAAUGUUAGUUACAUCAUUUGAGUCCUGCUGGACUGGGAAGAACCAGGGUGUCAGUCUUGGUAACAUGACUCUCAGCUUUUUCCUGAGCCCAUAUCCUGGGGGUUGGGACACGGAGAGGAAGAAGGUACAAGAGAAGAGGCUUUUUUUAGACAUACAGCUGCUUGUUCUUUUAAUUUUCAUAAAGCUCAUAUAGCACAAACUAUUUAAAGUGACCAAUGUGCUGACACUUUGGACAUUUGGAGUGCUCUUUGAGCACCUACUACCUCUAUUCCCAAAGCAGGGUACUACUUCCAAAUGAAAGUUGCACUCUCCCCUCUGAAAACCCCCAGUAGCCCUCAGCCAUUCAUUUCAGCUUUUUUUUGUGGGGGUGGGGGGAGGUGAGACAAGACCUUUGCUGUCCUGG